AUGAAUGACACGAAUAUAGUAGCUACGUCUGCCGUAGUUCUAUUUGUCUUCACUUUGCUUUUUUCGUAUGCAUACAACGUGAUCAAACCGUACAUGAAAGGAUAUACGUAUAUUAAAUGCUUAACAGGCGGAUUCAUUAUAGGAAUUAUUUUAAUAGAAGUUCUUCCCGAUAUUUAUGACAGCAACAGCAGCAUCCCGGUAGUUACAACGGGCUUGUCUUUUUUCCUGCUCUUCGCAAUAAGCAAGCUGUACAUCGAAAGAGUUGAAGCCAAGGAACAAGACUCAAUUCCCGAGGGCGCAGGGAAAAAAGAAGCACUUAUCUUCAUCCUUGCGCUGAGUCUGCACUCUUUCAUGGAGGGCCUCGGAAUAUCGAGCAAAAAAGGGCCCAAAUUGCUGUGGUACAUCAUAAGCAUUCUAGUGCACAAGUGGCUCGAGGCAAUUGUCCUGGGAACUUCUGUGCUUACAUCCGAGCUCUCUCGGCCCGUCUGUUUCUCUUUAAUAUUAAUAUACUCCUCUCUCACGUCUAUUGGCUCGCUCCUUGGGCACUGGCUCUCCUUCACUAACUCAGAGAACAGCAUUAUCACGCUAAUACUGAAUGGGAUUGCAGCAGGCAGCUUCUUCUACAUUGGGUUUGUGGAGAUGGUAGGGAACGAGUUUGAAACUUCAUCAGGAAAGCUCACUCGUCGAAAGACUUUCAAAAAGAUCACGUCUAUGUUUAUUGGCUACUCUUUCAUCACUUCAGUAAUAUUGGCUGCUCACUCAAUCGAGAAGUACGGAGCAUAA